UAUUGACCUUGAUCACCAAGAAAGAAUCACAUACUAAAUGCUUAAAGGAUCGGGGUGUUCUUUAGGGUAUCUAAUGGCAGACGUCAAAAAUUGCGAUGAGAUUUAUAAAGACAAAACGUUGAGGUGAAAAAAAAAUAAAAAAAUGCUGCAUUUUAGUAAAUAUUUAUAAUAAACGCUGAGGUACGGAAGUGGCGACUGGCGAGGAUGCGUCUUCGCCGGAGAGCAUAAAAUGUCUGGAUAUCCUGUGGCGGCCUCAGUGGGAGAAAUUCUGAAAAUAUGCAACGGUAACAUCCUAGAUCAUCGGAUGCUGAGAGAGCCCUAUUCCCUCCAAUCCUUUCUUCCUCAUAGCCUCCCUUCAUCUGUUCUCCAAGACUGCAAAAACCUAGAAGAAGUAAACCAAAUCCAUGCUUUAUCCCUCAAGACGGCGAUCUUCCACCACCCUCUUGUUUCUUCUCGACUUGUAGCGUUGUACUCUGACCGCAGAAUUAACAAUCUUGAGUAUGCACGAUCUGUUUUUGACUGUAUUCAGGAACCCAGUUUGGUUUCUUGGAACAUCAUCAUUAAAUGCUAUGUUGAGAAUCACCAUUCCCACGAUGCAAUUCUUUUGUUCCAUAACUUGCUUCGUGAAUCGACCGCCACCCCGGACAAUUUCACGUUACCCUGUGUAAUUAAGGGCUGUGCCCAAUUGCGUGCCAUUGAAGAAGGAAAGCAAAUUCAUGGGUUGAUUUUGAAAAUUGGGUUUGGCUCUGAAAUGUAUGCACAGAGCAGUUUGGUUAGUAUGUACUCUAAGUGCGAUGAGGUUGAUUGGGCUCGGGAAGUGUUUGGAAGAAUGGAAAACAAGGAUUUAGUUUCCUUUAAUUCUUUGAUUGAUGGGUAUGCUAAGUGCGGGAAGCUGGAGCUUGCAUUGAAGUUGUUCAAUGAAAUGCCUGAGAAAGACUCCUUUUCGUGGACUAUUCUGGUUGAUGGUUAUUCGAAGUGUGGUAGAGUUGAGACUGCUCGUGAAUUCUUUGAUAGGAUGCCAACUAGAAAUUUAAUUUCUUGGAACGCCAUGAUUAAUGGCUACAUUAAAUCUGGGGAUUUUAAAGAGGCGCAUAGGCUGUUUAAACAAAUGAAAACGAGAAAUAUUAUCACUUGGAAUUCAAUGAUUGCGGGGUACGAGUUGAAUGGGAAGUAUAUUGAUGCUUUGAAAUUGUUUCAGACUAUGUUGAAAGUAGGUCCUAUGCCUAAUCAAGCUACCUUGGUUAGUGCUCUUUCUGCUGUUUCAGGAAUAGCUCUUCUUAGUAUAGGAAAAUGGAUACAUUCUUACAUGGCUAAAAAUGGAUUUGAACUAGAUGGUGUGCUUGGGACUUCAUUGAUAGAAAUGUAUUCAAAGUGUGGGAGUAUUGAGAAUGCUUUUGCAGUUUUUCAAGAAAUACAUAGGAGGAAAUUGGGGCAUUGGACUGCCAUAAUUUUAGGGCUAGGGAUGCAUGGUAUGUCUGGCCCUGUUUUUGAACUAUUUUCUGAAAUGCGCAGAGUUGGAAUGAAGCCUAAUGCUAUAACUUUCAUGGGGCUGUUGAAUGCUUGUAACCACACAGGAUUAGUCGACAAUGGCUAUUAUUAUUUUGAUUUAAUGAUCAAUGAAUAUGGAAUAGAAGCCUCAAUUGAACACUUUGGCUGCUUGGUGGACAUUCUAUGUCGAUCUGGGCGUCUUGAAGAGGCAAAGAAUGUCAUUGAGAAGAUGCCCAUGAGGCCAAACAAAGUUAUUUGGAUGAGCUUACUUAGUGGGGCGAGGAACUAUGGAAACGUAAAAUUGGCUGAAUAUGCAGCUCAACAUGUGAUUGAGAAGGCUCCAGAUACUAUUGGCUGUUACGUUCUUCUCUCGAACAUAUAUGCUUCUGUUGGUCAGUGGAACAAAGUUUCAGAGAUAAGGGAAAUGAUGAAGAAGGGAGGAGUUAGAAAAGAUCCCGGAUGCAGUUUAAUAGAGCAUAAGGGUGUUCUUCAUGAGUUUCUUGUGGGUGAUAAAUCUCAUCCCCAAAGUAAAGAGAUAUAUUCUAAGCUGGGUGAGAUGAGAGAGAAAUUAAAAUGCAUGGGACAUGUUCCUGACACAACACAAGUCCUGUUGUGUAUUGAAGGGGAGAAAGAGAAGGAAGCUGAAUUAGAACACCAUAGUGAGAGGUUGGCUAUUGCUUUUGGUCUCAUUAAUGUAGCGCGUGGUACUCCCAUACGUAUUGUGAAAAACCUUCGUGUUUGUAAUGAUUGUCACUCUGUCACUAAGCUCCUGUCAGCUAUCUAUGGUCGUGAGAUUAUUGUGAGAGAUAACAGCCGUUUCCAUCAUUUCAAAGAUGGGUCAUGCUCUUGCAUGGACUAUUGGUGAUUUUCUAGCUUGUUUGCUUGGAUAGUCAAGGGUGGGGUGUCUGCAAUGCAAACAUGACUCUGCACUGCCCAGCUAACCUUGUCUGAACAACACAUUGAUUUCCAAAAGGAAUUAUAAGGAACUUGGUAGACUCUAUCAAGAAAAGGCUUUAAGUUGUGGGUGGUGAGGGGUUUGAGAGUUUAGUGAGAAAAAUUGUGGCAUGUUGAAGUUACUUCCGUCUCUCUUCCCAACAUUUCAAUUUGCAUGGAUGCAUCUGGAGUUGCCGGAAACGUCUCUAUUUUUGAGGUUAAGUUGUAGUGAUGAUUGCUUGAAUUCUUUAUUUUGUUUUGCUUUACGAUGAAACAGAAAAUCCACAAUUCCAUUUCUGCAAUAGCAUUGAUGAUGCAGUCAUACUCUUCAAAGAUGAGAAUUUUUUAUCUAGAA